AUGGGACCUCCGUCAUUUUCUGGAGGAGCAGACCCUCUAGCAACUGAGAACUGGAUUCAGGAUGUUAAGGAUAUAAUGACGGUCCUCCCUGACGUGGAGCUAUUUCUGGAGUUAUUUUUCGAUUGGUACUUCCCCACCACGGUUAGGAUAGCAAAGGCAACAAAAUUUCUACACCUGACUCAAGAACAGUUGACAGUACAACAAAAAGCAGCCCGUUUCAUAGAGUUUUCUCGGUUUGCCUCACAUUUGGCACCGGAUGAGGAGAAGAAGGUAAGGAAGUUUGAGGAAGGCUUGAGGCAGAAUUUUUUUGAGCAGGUUAUCGAUUUUCGGGCUCAAACAUUUGCGGAGGUUGUGGACAUAGCUGCAGUCAUCGAGAGUGACAUGCAGAGAGGCACCGCAGCUCAGAGUCAGAGGAAGAGGCCACACCUCAGGGUUUCCAGGCGGGUUCCAGCCAGGGCCCAUGGAGAGGAGCCGGUAUGGAGGAGGUUAGGGAUAGAUGAUGAGGCACGGCGGUUUUCAAAGCGGGUAGACUUUUCCUACCUAUCCUGA